CGUUGCCAAGGCGACGCACCGCCGCGCUUUCCCCCUCCUUCGCCGUUUCCCCAUCCUCCUCCGUUCCCUCCCGGUGCGACCCUCGACGCUAUGGAGAUUUCGGAGCGACGCCGCGUGAUUUCAGCGCCCUCGGCGGCCCGUCCGGUCCGGUACAGCGCAAAGACCCGGGAGCUGCUGAGAGUGAUGAUGGAGGAGUCUAAGCUGCCGUGUUUCCAGAGGCGAUACCUGAUGGACUGCGUGGAACGGGGAGAUACCCUGCCUCUACAGUGCCGCCCCACAUCCAGCAAAGAGCCAGCUUCUGCAGUGCCUACCUUCUCCCCAGACGUUUGUCAACGCUGUAAACUUCCAGAUAGACCCCAUCUCCGACCUGCCAAGGUCUGCCAGGCAGGAGACGCCUACGCCAGGGAGAAAUUCAAGCCACGGGCAGGGCGGGAUUUGGAAAAGGAGAAGCAAAGGCUCCAAAACAUCUUAGCAACAGGGAAGGAUGUGGUGGAGGACAAGGUGAAGCAGAGACAGGUCCCAAAAAAGGAAGAGGAGAUAGCAGAGCCUGACCGGUUUGAAGAAUUGGUGAACGAAAUUCAGGAGAGGAGGGAGUUCCUGGCAGAGAUGGAAGCUCUAGGACAGGGCAAGAAGUAUCGAAGUAUUGUCCUCACUGAAAUCUCACAGAAAAUACGUGAGAUGGAGAUCAUUGACAAGAAGAGAAGUGAGGAAAUGAAAGAGAUCAUGACAAAAGAUUUCCCUGGUGGGAAUAAAUCUGAUCCUCAUGACUAGGCCACAGGAGAAAAGAGAAAUGAAAUUUCUUUCCAGCUCUUUUCUCAAGGGCUGGUCUGUGCUUUCGCCUGCAGAGGGGGCACCACCACCUGAUGCCUGAAGCCAGAAGGCAAGAGCAAUUUGUAUACAGCUGGCAGCAGAAAAGAAGCUGUUGUAAAAUCCUGCCCACGCACCAGAUCCCUUCUUGCUCGACGACGUUAAAGAGAGGAAAACACGCAGCAGCAGCUACCGAAGCAUGAGGAAGCAGAACCUCCUUUUGCCUGUGCAGUGCCUCGGAGUAGCAGCAGUCCACCAAUAAAAAUGUCACUCCUUUCCAUCCAGCCAGGCGUGGAGGUUUCUCAUGACAAGUACGAUGCAUUGCAACCCACAUCUGUGACCUGCUUCUGUCCCCAGGACUCUGGGAACCGCCGUGCUGGCAGACGGCAGGGAGGAAGAUGGAGCUGCCUUGCACAAACACCAGCCCCUGGCAUUGCUGCAGGUCAGUGUGAGCCCAUGCAUCAGCAAACUCUUGGGUGGCAGCUGGACUACUGGGCAGGCACUCAGGAAUGCAGCUGCCCUGAGGCAAGGGAAAGGGGAUUUCAGCUCAGUGCAUGCUGCUCUU